AGACGUAUACAAAAGGCAAUGGAGAAUGCUUUCUUCUUCUUCUUCUUCCUGGUAGUUUCUGGGAAACUCAAAACGCAAUCGAUCCUUGCAAGUUGAUCCUUUUUCAGGGGUGAAUUGUCGAUCGAUCGCUGACCUCUUAAACCCUUGCAUCAAUUUAACUGAAAGAUCGCUAGAGGUUAAUUUGUAAUCGAAUCCACCAUGUUUACUCGGAUGUUCGGCAAACCUAAGCAAGAGGCCAAUGCUCUUACUACCUUAGACAAGUUAAACGAGACACUUGAGAUGCUUGAAAAAAAGGAGAAAGUACUCCAGAAGAAGGCUUCUGCAGAAGUUGGGAAGGCCAAAGAAUUCACCAGAUCAAAGAAUAAGAGGGCGGCUAUACAAUGUUUGAAGAGGAAGAGGCUAUAUGAACAACAAAUUGAGCAGCUUGGAAAUUUCCAAUUACGCGUCCACGACCAGAUGAUACUGUUAGAAGGUGCAAAAGCUACAACAGAGACUGUGGAUGCAUUGAGAAGUGGAGCAGCCGCAAUGAAGGCCAUGCAGAAAGCAACGAAUAUUGAUGAUGUGGACAAGACAAUGGACGAAGUAAAUGAGCAGACUGAAAACAUGAAACAGAUACAGGAAGCAUUGGCUACACCCAUUGGUGCAGCAUCUGAUUUUGAUGAGGAUGAAUUGGAAGCAGAGCUUGAAGAACUGGAAGGUGCUGAGUUGGAGGACCAGCUUUUGCAACCUGCAACUAUGGCCACUGCAGGCAAGCAAUCAUUGCAACCAAUUCAAGGAUCAGCAGCAGGCAAGCAACCGGCUCGUGCUGCUCCACAGAAGCGCACAGCUGAGGAAGAUGAACUCGAGGCAUUGCAGGCUGAAAUGGCACUUUGAACAGGUCUUUUUUUUUUUUUUUGGUUUUUAUUAGUAUUUUGAUCAAUCAUUGUGCCUAUGUGGCAAUCCUAGCUUUAUGAAGUUGCCGUAGCUCUAAAGCUUAUAAUCCAUAACUUGACUGAUCGGUGAGCUGUAAUACCCCGAGUCUCUGGAAUCUCUCCAGCUAGAAGAGAUGUAGACUCCAAUUAUAUUCAGUGUAUAUUAUGAGUCCGUUAGCUUAAAACAUCAUCUAAUGAAAGCACGCUUAUGCAGCUCUGAUAAAAAUCGUUGUAUUUGAAACACUGAAAUUAUUAGAUACCUUUGGGGGCAUUUUAGUGAAAAGAGAUUAUGUAGCAAGUUUUGAUAGUUA